UCUACCAUCUUCUCUCUCAAGCACGUACUUGACACAAUAAUACACAAAACAAACCCUACUUUCUCUCUUUGGCCAGCUUUUCGAUCCACUAAUUCAAAAAAGACUUUCUUGUUUUUGGAUUGUUAAUAGUUCAAAAAACAGAAGAUGAUCCAAGAACUCUUUGGAGGUCAUGCAGCAACCCUAAGUGGUGGAGAGAGAAAAAUCUCCAUUAAUGGAUCAACCCUUUUAGAACCCAUUCCUUCUCCUUCUUCUUCCCCAUCUCCAUCUUCUUCUUCUACUACACAAACCACUACCACUACUGGAACUUCAACUGAUCAGAAAGAGAAUUUGAGGUGUCCGCGGUGCGAUUCUUCGAACACUAAGUUCUGUUACUACAACAAUUACAACCUCACACAGCCUCGGCACUUCUGCAAAGCUUGUCGCCGUUACUGGACCAAAGGCGGCGCCCUCAGAAAUGUUCCGAUUGGAGGUGGAUGCAGGAAGAAUAGGAAUACUACUAUAUCAACAUCAAUUUCAAAAUCAAGUUCUAGCAAGAUAAAAACUUUAGCUGGAAUUAUACCUUCAAGCUUUGGAGGGUUUGAUUAUCACCACGAGCUUGCAUCAAAUCCGAUUUCAUUCGCUUCGCAGCAGAGUUCUCAUCAUAUUUUGAGCUUGUUAAGGCCAAACCCUAACCCUAACCCUAAUUUUGUGAAGCGGGAGGGUGUAAUGAUUGGAUCUCAUAUGAUGACUGCAGAGCCUGAAGUGCUAAAUGGUCAAACCCUAAGUUUGGAUUCUCUUGGUCAGGUUCCUUCUUUUAGUCUCUGUAGCCCUUAUUGGAAGACCAACAAUCAACAACAAAAUGGGGUUAUAGUUGGCCAUGAAGCCCAAAAUAAUAGUUCUGGACUUCAAGAGCUUUAUCAAAGGCUUAGAUCAACAACUAGUACUGGUUAUUAUAUUGGUCAAUCAAUACCAGGAGUUCCAAGCAGUGUGGGAUCAUCGUCCACUUCUUCUUAUUCAUGGAUGUUGGAGUCGAAUCCGGCGGUUGCAACUGGAAAUGAAUUAGGUUACUGGAGUAAUAAUCCAGCAUUUUCAUCAUCAUGGUCUGAUCUUCCAACAACAACAAAUGGUGCAUAUCCUUAAAAAAUUUAGGCUUCUUGUGUAUUAUCUUAAUUUGUGUAUUUUUCCUUCUAAUGUUCUAGACUACAGUUGAGUUGUUUCUAUUGUGGGUGUUUGGCUUUGUGGUAUAUGGAUGUGGGAGUAGGGAUCAUCAUGUUCUUUCUGCUUUUUAUUUAAUUUUCUUUUUCAUGUGUGGUUGAAUAAUGUUAUGAGUUAUGACGAUGUACUACCAAUUAAGACCAAGAAGUGGUAGAAGUAGAAACAGUGUUAAUGUUUUUUUUUUUUUUUAAAAUUACAGGGGAGGGGAUGGGUGACACUC